CAAACCCUCUCUAAAUUUGAGAUACGGCGAAGACGGGCGGCAGCGGCUGGAAAAUGCGUCUCCCUCGGAGCUGCAUCGUCCUCCUCAUCCAGGGGAGCAUCUCUCUGCUGGUGAUCUGUGGCCAAGAAGAACCAGGGAAAGGUGCAGAGCAACGUCAACCUGAGACCCAGGAGAGAGCUCAAGUGCAGAAGAGGAGAGGGCUGCUCUCUCCAAAGUCCCUGUUAACUCCAACCUUACUGCAGAACAUGACCCUCCUGGAGCUGGUGAGCAGCUCAUGGGAGUUAUGGGAUAUCCUGGAUAACCUGUCUGAGCGGGACCAUGCUCCACACCCCCGAGGACAGAGGGACUUGGGGCCAGCAUCAGGCAAGCUUAAAAAAAUAUUUGGCUGGGGAGAUUUCUAUUCCAAUAUCAAGACAGUGAAGUUGAACCUCUUGAUCACCGGAAAAGUGGUUGAUCACGGCAACGGCACAGUCAACGUCUUCUUCCGACACAACUCUACCGGGCAAGGAAACAUCUCCGUCAGCCUCGUGCCCCCCACCAAGGCAGUGGAGUUUGACCUGGAGCAACAGAUCUUCAUCGAGGCCAAAGAAUCCAAAAUCUUCAACUGCCGCGUGGAAUACGAGAAAGUGGAUCGUGCCAAGAAGACCACGCUCUGCACUUACGACCCAUCUAAGACCUGCUACCACGAGCACACCCAAAGUCACGUCUCCUGGGUCUGCUCGAAGCCCUUCAAAGUCAUCUGCAUCUACAUCACCUUCUACAGCAUAGACUACAGGCUGGUGCAGAAAGUGUGUCCCGACUACAACUAUCACAGCGACGUACCCUACUACCCCUCGGGAUGA